AUGGCGGAGACAACAGUGUCGAGUCAGGAGGAGAGCAGCACGCUGCUCGUCAGUGUGGGCAAGACAGUCAGCGCCAUGUCGUCGAAGGAGAUCAAGAUCGCACUGGAGAAGGGUGACAACACCGCUCGCGCGAAUGCUCUCAUGGCGAUCAUUUGCCUCCACGUGAACGGCGAGCCGCAGAACUACCUGAUCAUGUCCGUCAUCCGCUACAUCACUCCCAUCGAUGACCACCUCAUCAAGAAGCUCGUCUUGUACUUCUGGGAGGUCAUUGACAAGCGCGACGCAAACGGCAACCUCCUCUCUGUCAUCAUUCUCAUCUGUAGCUUCCUGCGCAACGACCUGCUUCACCCCAACGAGUACGUGCGAGGCCUGACUCUGCGCUUCCUCUGUAAGGUGAAUGAGGUGGAGCUGAUCGAGCCGCUCGUGUCAGCAGUGGUUCAGAACCUGUCGCACAAGGUUGCCUACGUGCGCCGCAAUGCGGUACUGGCGGUUCACUACAUCUUCAAGAAGUUCCCGCAGCUGCUCCCCGAUGCGCCGGAGCUAGUGGAGUCGGCGAUGCGCACUGAGACGGAUGUGUCUACGUGCCGCAACGGCCUCGAUUUCCUUGCAGCCUUCGCACCUGAGCGGGCAGCGAGCUAUCUUAACGACUUUCGCGACUCGCACACCUUGUCGGCUGUCGAUGGGCCGUUUCUCAUGUCUGUGGUGGAGUUCUGCCGCCAGAUGAUCCGCGCCAACCCUUACGAGAAGGCGCGCUACGUCCCAGUCCUCUUCUCCGUCUUGCAGAGCAAAAGUGCCGCGGUACGCUACCAGUGUGCGACAACGUUGCUGAGCCUCUCCUCAUCUCCCACGGCGAUCCGGCAGGCAACGCUAACCUACGUUGACAUCAUCAAGGUGCACUCCGACAACAGUGUGCGGUUGAUUGCGGUCGAGCAGCUAAACCAGAUGCGCAGGUCGUACCUCUACGUGCUGCAGGACUCGUUGCUUGACAUCCUCAGCGUGCUACAGGACGGCACCAUGACUAUUCGUGAGCGUGUCAUCGAGCUGGCGGUCGAGCUGGUCACGCGUCGCAACGCGGAGACGUUCAUGCAGGCGAUGAAGAAGGAGCUGCUGCGCGCUAACCGCACGGACUUCGAGGUUGAAGAUGCCAACGGGGCCAUGUCGUAUCGGCUGCUCAUCAUCAAGGCCAUAAACACGGCGCUGCUGCGCCACCCGCCGUCGGCGCCGUCGAUGCUGCCGGUGCUGCUUGACUACCUGUGCGACACGACCAGCACUAGUAAGGAGGUGAUCACUCUCAUCAAGGAGGUGCUACUCUCUCAGCCGGAGCUGCGCCGUGACACGAUGAAGAAGCUUUCGGACAUCUUUCCCAUGAUGACGUCAGUCCCCGUCAUGCGCACAGCGCUCUGGAUGUUCGGUGCGUACGUGUCGUCCGCGGACGAGGUGCUGCAGGCACUGAGCAUGCUCAAGAACGUGGUAGCGCCGCUGCCGCUUGAGACCCCUAAGCCUGCCGCUCUCGACGCGGCCACCCUCACCACCGCCGCUGCCAACAACAAAACCUCUCCCCAGCCCAACAUGCGUGCGGUGACAAAGGUCCUUGAGGACGGAACGUACGUUACUACUUACACCACAGCAACCCCAACCCCCGCCGCGACCGCCGCGAACGGUCAUGGCGAAGACGGCAGCCUCGAUGUGAGCAGCAGCGGCCUGCGCAUGGCGCUGCUCAGGGGGGAGUACUUCCUCGCCUCCGCCUUUGCCAGCACCCUCACCAAGCUUGUCGUGCAGCUCUUCACUGGAGAGGCCAAGGGAGCUGUGGAUGAGGCGACUCGCAACGCGGCACAGUCCGAUGCUCUCGCUAUCCUGCGUGAGAUACUGCGCUACGGCGCGGAGGCGGAUUCACCGAAUCCUAUAAACGCCGACACCAAUGAGCACCUCCGCCUGAACAUCGAGCUGCUCUCCAACCCGCAGGCUUCCUUCAUGCUCGACGUACUCCAUGCCUCCUUGGAAGCGCUGGGGCGCGCGGAACGGCGGUCAACAAGGGAGGUCGGCAAAGGCGAUGGGGGCGUCGCCGCCACCGCUGCUGCUGCUGCCGUCCAGUUGAACGCUAUCGAUGCGCCUGUCAUGUUCUCGCAGCUGAGUGAGGACAAGGAUGCCAUCUUCGAGCUCGAUGCCGCCGCCGAUGGCCUGGAUGCCGGUGCGAAGGAUGAGAGCAGCGAGCACAAGGCGCAGGUGUUCCUGAAGAAGCUGGAGGACACGAUGCCGCUCUCCGGCUUCAACGACCCCGUCUACUGCGAGGCCAGCAUCACGGUACAUCAGUUCGACGUCUCCGUCGACUGGUUGCUCGUGAACUGCACUUCGAAGCAGCUGACAAACCUCACCAUCGAGCUUGUCUCGCUCGGCGGCAUGAAGCUGUGCGAGCGACCGCAGACGUACAUCCUCAACCCACACGAGACCAUCGCUGUGCGCACCUCACUGAAGGUGAGUGCCACCGAGAGCGGCGUCAUUUACGGCACCGUUCUGUACGAUGCGCCGAACAAUCAGCGCUGCAGCUUCAUCCUGAACGACAUCCAUGUGGACAUCAUGAACUACAUUCACCCGAGUCCGUGCUGCUCGGCGGAGUUCCGUGAGAAGUGGGGCAUCUUCGACUGGGAGAAUAAGAUUGCUGUGUCGACGAUGAGGCGCGACCUACCUAGUUUAGUGCGCUUCAUUGUGCAGGAGUUGAACAUGCAGCUGCUGGAGCCGUACGAGGUAGAGCAGCAGGAGGAGCAGGACCCAGAACUAGAUCUGCUACCCACCUCGGAGGAGAGCGAGGGGUGCGCGUACGUCUCGUGCAACCUGUACGCCCAGACUGCCUUUGGCGAGGACGCCCUGGCGAACGUGAGCGUGGAGAGUGACGGGAAAGGCUUGGUGAGGGGCGUGAUUCGCAUUCGUUCCAACACGCAGAGCAUCGCCUAUGGUAUCGGUGAGAAGCUGAACAUGCUCCAGAAGUCCGGCAAGCUGUGA